AUGAAAAUACGAAAACGCUUGCUUGCCACCCCAGCAGAGGUGGCAGAAACGUGCCACGCUGCAUCCGGCGACAUUCCGCUUCCCCAGCGGAGCGGGGAUGCAGGACCGCGCUACCGGGGCGCUCCGCUCUCGCGUCCCGCUUCCUCUCCGCCUCCCGGCAGCAGCUGCUGCCACCGGGCUCCGCGACACCCUUCACCACAGCGCCCGGCGGGACAAGCUCCCGCCUCCGGUCCGCAGCCGGCGGCCCGGGCUCCGCGGGCCCGUUUCCCGCCUCCCGCCCCGGCCCCGCCGCGCCCUCACCCCGCCGGGGCCCGCCGCCGCGCCCGCCAUGGGCCGCACCCGCCCGGAUCGAUCCGGCUCCACGGGAGGAGCCGCCGCUCCUUCCGCCCCGCGCCGCGGCUGCGCCCCCAGCGGCGGAGGGCCCGGCCCGCUCCCGCCGGCCCCGCUCCCGCCCGGCCUCAGUGCGGGACCAGCGUAGCGCCGCGGGUCGGGCCGGGGGCUUCGUGCUUAGGGCUGCGGGCGAGCAAAAUCAAACGCUCGAAAGUGGAAACAGGUUUCUGGCCUACUUUUCAGCUUGUAGCCAGGAUCACAAACUGCUAA